AUGAUGGCAGCCGCAAGAAGAGAGAUCGAUGACCGCCUUGGGCUCCCACAACUGCCACUGAGGGCUUAUCCCAUGCUGGUACCGAGCAACUCACAUUUGACAUCGUUUCUUGGCCAGGAGCAGUCUGACGAAGCCCGUCAGCGGAGCCGUAUGCUGGGAGCGUUGAGCCUGGAGGCACCGCGACGCUCUCAAUGGUCAGACAUAGAGGGGUUGCAUUACGUUCAGCUCCUCGAGUUUGGCCGCCAUUUGGAAGACGAACUUGAUGAUGGUGAUGACGACGAUAGCCAGGAGCCCAGCUUCGCCAGUGACUCGACAGACGACGACCCUCUUUGGGACGACUUGGAAGGCCGUGCAGCCUCCGAGGCUGCAUCUGAGGCUUCGAGCAUUUCCUGGGAUGAUGAUUUCAAGGUCAUGUCGGAGAAGGUGGAAGACUGCUUGGCAGAAGGUCAUCUAGCUUUGCCAGCUGAGAGUGCCGACCUGCCAGAGACAGCAGGCACAUCAGCAAACUGGCGGAGUGAGCCAGGGCAGUGA